AUGAUAAUCACAGAUUUUUGUGGUAAAAUAGGAGUCAGACAAAAAAACAACAGCAAAAACAAUAUUGUUUAUGGAGAUGAUAAACGUCCAGUACCAAGUCAAUUCUUAUACGUAUCGGAAGAAAAAUUUGAGAGAGGGUUCAUGUUAUGGGAUGGAAUAAGCAGCAAAGGCUUAAUUCCAGAAUCACCAUUAUUUAUCGAUGAAUUUUUGGAUCAGUAUGAAUGGAAAAAAGGUGCUAAGAAAACAAUGAAUGCCGCUCGAUACAUUGAUUUAUUAGAAGUAGUUGGUGUACCUCCAAUGAACCAAUUGUUUCCAGGUAAUGAUUAUAUUUUUCAAGAUGAUACAUCUAGUAUUCACCGUUCACUUGCUGUUAUAAAAUUUGUAGAAGAAAAUAUACCUGAAUGUAUCGAUAUUGAUGACAAAGUCGCCAAAAUGGAUGAUAUAUGGCCAAUAGAAAAGUUGUGGAGCAUCAUUCGACAAGAUUUAAGUAAGUAUGAAUUUAGUUCAUUAAAUGAUAUCAAACAAAAAAUUAUCGAUAUAUGGAAAAACUUUAGUGAAGAAAAAUGUGAGAAAAUUAUAAAGAGUAUUCCAAAAAUGUUACAAGGAAUCGUCCAAAAACAAGACCAACACAUUACACAAUUUGAUUAUUAUUAA